AUGAGCGCCGACUCUGCUUCACAUCGUGGACUCCGACUCGGUUCUCGCCACCCGUCGGAGAUCAAUGACUUUGUUGGAGACGUGCUGACUCCGUGGGACAUUCCAUGUCUUCACUCGGGAUGGAUCCCAGGUGCCCUGAAGCAAGAUGCUGACAGUUUGACUUCGCACAUGGCCGCUUCGACAGAAGCGCAUCGGAACGUCGUUAUGAAAGUUUUGGAGAGGAGUCUAGUCGGGCGCCGGCUCCGGAUCCAUCCAGAACCAGAACACAUCACAGCCUUUCAAUUCAAGGACGAGGCCUUGGUGCCCGUGGAGAGGAGGGUGCUGCCAGCCUAUGACGUGCUGUUCCUUUCUAUCGAACUGGUUGGGUCUCAGGGCCAAAUGACACAAGUAGAAGACUCCGAUCUGGAUGCUGCUGCACUCAUGGACAUCAUGGGCACUGGAGAUGUUGAUGAAAUCAGGGAGGAGUUUUUCAUUCAUGGACACGAAGAUCUUCGCAAGGCCAUGGUGGAAUGGUUGCAGGGAGUGCCUGAUAUUCAUGUCCACGACGAUCCUGACCUUAUCAACAAGUCUAGGGUAAAGUGCACUAUUGGAGGCAUGGAGGUGGACAUUUUGCAGGCACUGGCUCCGGAGCAUCUUCGCGCAGAGGAUGCACGGAUGGUGAAGCUGGGGCGGUGGAUCAAAGCUUAUAGUCUGAAUCUUCAGAAGACCCGCUGGGUGGCAAAUCAACCCUCUGUCGUCCGAGACGCAAGCAGACUCGCAAAGCUUUGGGCACGAUCGGUUAGUGAUGCAGAAGCCAGCACCAGCGAGGACGAGGAUGAACGAAUCAAGAUCAACACCUAUGCAGUCACAAUACUUCUGGCUGCCUUACAUCGUGCGUGUCCAGGGACCUCUGCUUUGGAACUGUGCAGUCGAGCAUGGCGCAUCUUAGUCUCACUACGUGUGGACCUGUUGGCCGUCGUCAGCUUCGACGAGACUUUCUCAGCUAGGCUUUUGCGUGGACCACGCUUUCAUGCUGAGCUGGCGCUGUGGAUGAAUCUCUCGGGUAUUAGUAACCUGGGCCUGCUGGUGGAAGAUAUCGUCCAACCAGACCGCUUCUACCCCGUGUGCGAGGGAAUAACCACCCCUAAUUUGGCCAAGCAUGCCGCCACUGCUUUGCAGCGAUUGUCUUCCGCCCAGACUUGGGAAGAAGUGAUACGUCAAGGCACAUCACCUUUCGUACCAGACAUACUUGAACGAGAUUUCGAAUGCGAUGAAUGCCACGUGAAAGGCAGUGGCAUGUCGCCCCUGCUCGCCCAAGCACAGGAGGCACUGGCCACUCCUCUUCCCUUCUUGGAAGAGGGCUACUGCACUUCUCCUCGAAAGGAUGGAGCUGCGAGGAUGUCGGAGUCCAUUGACAUCGCCAGCAUGGACUGCACGCAGAUUAUGGAGUUCGUCUACAUCUCGCGUCUGAAGAUCUGGCAGCAGCUGGAUCAGCACUUGGCAGAGGUCAAUGCCAGUGCACCUGCCGAUCCUCUGCGCAUCAGCUCUAGGGCCUCGUCGCUUCUCUCGGCGCACGUUCACAUCAUCACAGCGGUGUCCUCGCAACGAGCAGAAUGCUUUUCUGAGCACGUCCGGCUCCUGCUUACAGUGAGCCUCCGGCGCAUGAAGGCGCUGGCGACGUCUCAGGUCAAGCAGCUCUGGCACGCGAGCCAGGAUGGUUUGGAGGACCCCGAGGGUUCCUCUCGACUGAAGACAUGGCUGAUCGAUGCCGCAGGCCUGUUGGAUGCAGACCUGCGCACGUUGAAGACCGUGCUGCAGACGUGGACGCCUCCCAGUUUGGCGGAGUCCCGCUUCUACAGCCACGAGGCCGACGGCCGCUUCAGCACCAUGGAGGCCCUUCGCCGAGACACUUUCGAGGAGUACACGCUGGACAAGGGGCUUCUGCAGGGCUUGCUGAGGAUUCUUCCUGUGGACUCCUUCGUUGCUGAUUUCGGGGCCGGCUCGGGGCAGUACGCACGCUGGCUCAACGACACAGGUUUGGUGAAGGCAUUCGCUUUCGAUGGCUCGCCUGACAUCAACCUCGUGACCCGCGGUGCUGUUGCUUCGGCAGAUCUCGGGAAACCACUUGCACUCUGGAGGAGGUUCGAUUGGUCUAUUUGCCUGGAAGUGGCCGAACACAUUCCAACAGACCUCACGUCAACAUUUCUGCAGAAUCUGGAUCAGCACACUGCCCGGGGCCUGGUCCUCACCUGGGCCCGCCCCGGGCUACAAGGGCUGGGCACAGCCAAUCCGCUGACUCAAGAGCAAGUGUUGGCGCUCAUCCGCGAGCAUACGGGCCUCAUCCACGUGGAUGAGGACCUCACCAAGAAGCUGCGUGCAGCAUCCACCAUUCCGCACUUGGCGGACAC